CUGCCAUGCCUUGGCGAGGCUGAGCCUUCUUCUCCUUCUCCUUCUCCCUCCUCCUCCCGAGGAGGCGAUGGAGGUGGAGAGCUCCCUGGAGCAGUCGGUGCAGGCGCGGAUCUUCAAGAUCAUCGUGAUCGGGGACUCGAACGUGGGCAAGACCUGCCUGACGGUGCGCUUCUGCGGGGGAGCCUUCCCGGCCAGCACCGAGGCCACCAUCGGCGUGGACUUCAGGGAGAAGGCCGUGGAGAUCCAGGGAGAGCGCAUCAAGGUGCAAGUCUGGGACACCGCAGGGCAGGAGCGUUUCCGGAAGAGCAUGGUGGAGCACUACUACCGCAACGUGCAUGCCGUGGUCUUUGUCUACGACGUCACCAAGAUGGCAUCCUUCCUCAACCUGAAGACUUGGAUUGAGGAGUGCAACGGCCACGCCGUCCCGGCCCUCGUCCCGAAGGUGCUCGUGGGCAACAAGUGUGACUUGCGGGACCAGAUCCAGGUGCCUUCCAGCCUGGCCCUGAAAUUCGCGGAUGCUCACAACAUGCUUUUGUUUGAAACCUCCGCCAAGGACCCCAAGGAGAGCCAGAACGUGGAGUCGAUCUUCAUGUGCCUCGCUUGCCGGCUCAAGGCUCAGAAGUCUCUGCUGUAUCGGGACAUGGAGAGGCAGCCGGGGAGGGGGCAGAAGGCACAGCUCACGCCCGAGGCCGGCAGCAAAAACACCUGCCCUUGCUGAACUGCUGCGCUGGCCAUCCCGCCCUGCCUCGUUCCUACCUGCCCCGUGCCUCAACAAACUGGAACCGGAGACUGCCUGUCUCCAACUAAGUUAAUGUCAAGUGAAUAAUAAAAUGCAUAAGGGCCACAACUGGCUUGGACGGAGCAAUACCUCCACACAUCUCCAGUCUGCCUAUUAAGAGUUUCGUUUCUCCCCAUUUGGAUUCACCAUAGUGUGGAAUACUACGUGGAGUCAAGCCCGGUUGUUUCACUGGGCCUGCAAAAGGGGAAUGGGGACGUGCAAUGCAUUAUCGAAACUCGUUGAUAUAUCACUUUGCCACAUAGAGAAAUGUAGAAUCAAAGCGGAAGAGCUAGGCCCCUUCUAUAUUGCCAUAUAAUCAAGAUUAUCAAAGCAGAUACUCCAUAUUAUCUGCUUUGAACUGGAUUAUAUGAAUCUACACUGCCAUAUAAUCCAGUUCAAAGCAGACAAUCUGGAUUUUAUAUAGCAGUGUAGAAGGUGCCUUUGACUAUUGAGGAAGACAAAUGGAUUUGAUGAGCCUGGAAAAGCAAAUAUAUGUCUUGUGUGUUUUCACCUCUUUGAAUGCUAGCACAUGGGUUUGUGGACGAGCCACAAAAGUAGAUAAAACAUGGACCGGGGGUUACUGGUCAGUUUCUGGGCGAUUCCAUAGAAUCAUGGGGCUCCCAAUGGCCAUCUAGACCAACCCUCUGCAAGUGCAAGAACCUGAAACAUCCCUGAGAAUUAGAAUGCUUUAAAUUUAAAGGAGAAUUCAUUCUUAUCUCAGGUUAGUCAAUUGCACCAAGAAGAAAAUUAUAAAUGUCAGUCUGAUACCACCAUCCCAAACUUGCACUGUCAAUUUUUGUGCGUGGAAGGGUUAUGUUUUGUUGCACCUUGCAAACCUCCGGUUCUCAUCUCAUUUAUUUUAACGUGUGGAGUGUCCCCACUUAAGAGGCAUUUGUGUGUGAGUAAGUUCACGCAGGUAUUGCAAAAGAAUGAUUUAUAACUGAGCUGUGUAAUGCUUUAGAUUGACAAAGUGCUCUUCACAACGGUAGUUCGUGAUACGGAUCUGAUUAAAUGGGCCAUGGUACACACAA